AUGACAGCCGGGACCGUGGUUAUCACCGGGGGCAUCUUGGCAACUGUGAUUCUGCUGUGCAUCAUCGCGGUUCUGUGCUACUGCCGGCUGCAGUACUACUGCUGCAAGAAGGAGGAGCCCGAGGAGGACGAGGAGGAGCCUGACUUCGCCGUGCACUCCGGCCGGCCCCCGCUGCCCUGCAGCCGCAGCCUGGUGCUGACCAACGGGCCCGCGCUCGGCCCGGCCGCCGCCACCCCGUUCAGCCAGAGGGCCCCGCAGGCCCGCGCCCUCUGCCGCAGCUGCUCCCACUGCGAGCCGCCCACCUUCUUCCUUCAGGAGCCCGAGGACGAGGACGAGGUCGUGCCCAACGGCGGGGGGCGCGUGGCCUACAAGGCCAUCAGCCAGGAGGACGUGGGGCUGCCGCCCACGCCCCUCGGGGGCCUGCAGGCGCUCGACCCCCGCCGCCUCUCAGCCAUGCGGGAGGCCUUCUCGCGGAGCCGCAGCAUCAGCACCGACGUCUGA